CAGAUUUUUUUUCUUAAUUACUUUUGGUUUAAUCUUUAUUAUAUUGAGAAUUCUAAUUUCACUUUUCCUUUGUUAUUUUGAUCGAAGCAUCAUCUUAAUAAAUUUUUAUCUUAGAAAAUAAACAAUAAUCAUGUGAGUUCUGGUUGAUAGUUUUGGUAUCAAGUGUUUCUUUUGGUUCUUUAGUGAGCAAAAAAAAAAAAUAGAGAAAAUCAAGAGUUGUGAGCAAAUGAAGUCAUUAGAAAGAUUGGUUUCAGAGAAAGCAUUAAAGCUUGGAAACUCAUUUCCAUGUCAAAUUUGUUUAGUUGGGUUUCUAUGUGGAAUCUGUCUCACUUCACUUUUCUUAGCUGCUCUUACUUCUCUUGGCACCUUUGAACUCGCCACCUUCUCCUCUGCUUUUCCUCCUUGCAACUCCUCUGCAUCUCACAUCAUCAGUAAGUUUUAUACAAAAGAUUUGAUCUUUUUUUUUGGUAAUUUGUUGUGUUUUUGUUUCCAUGUAAUGAUAAUUUUUACUUAUAUGUUAGAUAUGGUUGCAAGUAUAGACCGAACAUUGAAAUGGAAGAACAAAGCUGAGACCAAAGAUGAUGAUGAUGAUGUGAAGCUUUUGGUCUCUGCUUGGGAUAAUUUAUUACUAAAUGAAGAAGACUUCUUGAAGAAGUUAGGGAUUAGUAAAUCUGAUGUGCCAAACGCUCCACAUAUGGAGAAUUGUGAGGAGAAGGCGCGAGUUAGGCAGCGAUUAGAUACAGAUAUAGCGAAUCAGACAUUCCCUUCUUGGAUCAAUGGAGGAGAUGAAGAGAACUAUCCAUUGACGAGGAUAGUGCAAAGAGAUAUAUGGAUUCAUCAGCAUCCUUUGGAUUGUGGAAACAAGAGUGUUAAGUUUCUUGUAGCUGAUUGGGAAACACUUGCUGGUUUCGGAAUUGGAGCUCAAAUUGCUGGGAUGACUGGUCUUCUCGCAAUCGCUAUAAACGAAAACCGAGUGCUCGUUGCAAAGUAUUAUAAUCGAGCAGAUCACAAUGGUUGCAAAGGUUCUUCCCGUGGAAGCUGGUCUUGCUAUUUUCUACCGGAAACAUCAGAAGAGUGUAGGAAACGAGCGUUUGCGAUUGCAAAGAAUAGAGAAGCGUGGGAGAGUGGGAUUGUCACAGGGAAACAAAACUACAGCACAAAGGAGAUUUGGGCAGGGCCUAUACCAAAGCUAUGGGGUAAGGCUUGGAGUUAUAUGAAACCCACUACAGAAAUCAAUGGAAGUUUAGUUUCCAGUCACCGGAAAAUGGAUAGGAGAUGGUGGAGAGCACAAGCAGUGAGAUACUUGAUGAGAUUUCAAACAGAGUAUACUUGUGGUUUGAUGAACGCUGCUCGACACUCUGCGUUUGGAAAAGAAGCUGCCAAGAACGUUCUCUCUGGAGGAGAUUGGAGAAAGAAGAAGAAGAAGACAAGGACAGAGAUUGAGCAACAGGUGUGGUCGGAUCAGAAGCCGUGGAUUCCAAGGCCAAUGCUGAGUGUUCACGUGCGGAUGGGAGACAAAGCGUGCGAGAUGAGAGUUGCAGCUUUAGAAGAAUAUAUGCGUUUAGCUGAUCGGAUCAGAGAACGGUUUCCAGAGCUCAACAUGAUCUGGCUCUCUACAGAGAUGAAGGAAGUUGUGGACAGAAGUAAAGAUUAUACUCAUUGGAGGUUUUAUUACACAGAAGUGGCAAGACAAGUCGGUAAUAAAUCAAUGGCUGAGUAUGAAGCGAGCCUUGGUAGAGAGAUGAGCACGAACUAUCCUCUGGUUAACUUCUUAAUGGCGUCAGACGCUGAUUUCUUCGUCGGGGCAUUGGGUUCCACUUGGUGUUUCCUCGUCGACGGUAUGAGGAAUACUGGUGGAAAGGUCAUGUCUGGUUAUCUCAGUGUUAAUAAAGACAGGUUCUGGUAACCUUACAGUUCCGCUAUA